ACACAGUAUUGUUGUUAAGUGCAGAGAUAAACAGGAUCGAGUUGGCUUACUUCCAAGUUCCAACUACAGUUAAUCGGCAGAAUCAUCGUACUAAAAUGCUCCUUGUCUUCUUCUAAAACAAACCUAUACACACAACUUACAACCUAUACAUACAAACUAAAAGAGCUCAAAAAUGAACAAGCUGAGAUGGGCCAUGGACGGUGGCUUCUGGGACGUGGAUAUGUCAACUCCGGUGACUAUUGAUGGGCUUGCCCGGCCGGUUCCUGGUCACCCAACUAUCCCUUUGGGCCUGUCCAGAGGCUCCAGGCUCUCUAGGCCCAAACAGGUUGAUUUUUUUCAGAAGUUUAUGUAUAUGCCCUUUGUUCCUUCUUUUUCCGGCGCCGUCGGCGGCGGCUCCGGUGGUGGCCUGUUUCUCCAGCGUGUCUUUGCUUUCCCAUUUGGUGAAAAUUGGUUUGCGACAUUGCUUGGUCAGUUUAAUGUGAAAAAGUUUGUGACCUCUGUUAAAGAUGAUCUAUUAAACCAAUCCGAUGAAUUCUCACUGCUGGAUACUAUGCGAAAUCGCCUUGAGGAUAAAUCUUUAUAUACCCUUGAUAUGUGUUCAGAGAUUUUGUUGUCACCUGAUGAUACCCUUCAGGUUAGAGUAGAGACAAAUGCACAACACAAGAUCCCUCGAAAGAAAGCAGUUCUUCAUCAUAAGUUUGCAAACCACAAUCUUACUCUGGAGGCAGCUUCCCCGGGACUCUUUGUUGACCACCGUGGCACUUACUGGGACGUACCUUUGACAAUGGCACUUGACUUGGCAUCAGUUGCUUCUGAUGCUGGUCCAAGUUACCAUUUAUGCAUCAAUCAAAACGUAGGGGACCCGAAGAUAUUUGAAGGUCAGCCAAACAGCGACGUUGCUGCUAAUAUACUGCCUGGUUUGCAUGCGAAAAGUGCUCUCUCCUACAAGACAAAUGUUGACCUAUGGAGAAGUAAAGCACCAAAAAUAAAGUUGGUCCAGCCAUAUGAUGCAUUUUUGUCUAACCCUCAUAUCUCAGUAUCAGGGAUCCUUGGUGCUGUUGUUAGUGCCUCUCUAGGAGAUAAUUUAGCAGAAGCAGAAGUUAAAAAUGUCCCUCUGGAUUUCAAGCAGUUUAACCUCCAUGCAAGAGGAACAAAUUCUUCUAUUUCAGCUGAUGCAUUUGCAUCAGUGUCACUUUCUGCGCAGCAUGGAAACUUUCAAAGGCUGUUCCUAGAUCUUACUCGGUUUUAUGCCCGGAUGGAUUUUCCUUCUGCUUCAAAGUUUAUUUCAGGAGCAUCUCAUUUGGCAAAUAAUCUUUACAGUUCUCAAACUCCAAAUAUGGAUGCAAUUCAGGCAAUAUGCCCAAGUGCAACUCUUUCUUUUCAGCAGCAGAUUGCUGGCCCUAUCAGUUUUAGAGUGGAUUCAGGAGUAUCUAUUGAUCUGAAAAAUAGGGAGUGGCCUGUGAGUGUGAAGGACCCUGUAUUUGCUGCUGAAUAUGCAUUGCAAGUUCUUGGUUCUGCAAAGGCUACAGCUUGGUAUUCUCCGAAACAGAAAGAAUUUAUGAUAGAGCUUCGCUUUUUUGAGAAAUAAACCAAUAUGUAGUUCCUUACCCUUCUCUUGUCUAGUUCAAUUUUGUUAUGUUGAAAUAGAUAUCUUUGCAAGUUCAUAAUGCAAUUAAAAGAUCGGUAUCCUUGGGGCUAUUAUGCUAUGAGGGAAAUGCCUGUAUUUAAUUUAAGUAGGCAAUUCUUAUAAAAAAAAUUCUGAAUUUUUUUU